AUGGCGCUCGCCGGCGCCUGCCACCUCCUGGGCACCGUCGCUCUGCUCCUGGCCGCCCGCACCCGUGCGCAAGAGAUUCAGUGCAAACGGCCUCCAGAUAUUCCCCAUGGGCGGAACACUGGCAGGUUCAUGGACAAGUUCUCCUAUGGAUCGGUUGUAACGUACACGUGCGAUGGAGGUUACACCCGCACUGGCGAGGCCUCCAUCCGGUGCGUGACGGAGGAUGGGCUGACCGGCGUGUGGAGCGGGCCCCCGCCACAGUCAACAAGUGACUUGGAAACCAUUGAUGUGGAAACCAUCACAGAUAUUCGAUGCCCAUUCCCACACAUCCAGAAUGGGAGGAGACUACCCCCUACUCGCUACAUCUACAAGACUGGGGACACUGUAAACUUUGAGUGCAAUUCAGGCUAUGCCAUUCAAGGCUCCCAUACAACCACGUGUGGAGCUGAUUUCAAGUGGAGUCCACCUCUGCCAGUUUGCAAAAAGGAGGUGAAGUGUCCUCGGCCACCAAACAUCGCCAAUGGGCAGCACAGCGGCCAGUCCUCGGACACUUUUCCCCGGGGAACAACUGUGCACUACAGCUGCAGGGAUGGCUACAUGCUAGUUGGAAACAUGUCCAUCAACUGCACAGACGCUGGGCUGUGGAGCCGGCCCCGGCCCCGCUGCGAAGCAAUCGGCUGUGACAGACCCAAGGUUCAGAAUGGGAAAAUUCACCUGUUGCAGAGUACCUACAAAGCUGGAGAGACUCUUCGUUUUGGCUGUGAAGCCGGCUAUGCCUCAGAGGACAGCUACGAGACACAGUGCCAACCAGGGGGCAGGUGGGACCCACCGGUGCUCAGCUGCGUGAGGAUACAGCCGUGCCCCAUGCCUCCAAGGAUCAAGAAUGGAAAUCACAAUGGCCAGGGCACAGCAUUUUUUACCAUGGGAAUGUCUGUGACAUACACCUGUGAUUCCGGCUACUACCUUGUUGGAAAUGCGGUAGCUCUUUGCAGAGCCUCUGGGAACUGGAGCCUUCCCACGCCUCGCUGUGAAGAGGUGAAGUGUCCUCGGCCACCAAACAUCGCCAAUGGGCAGCACAGCGGCCAGUCCUCGGACACUUUUCCCCGGGGAACAACUGUGCACUACAGCUGCAGGGAUGGCUACAUGCUAGUUGGAAACAUGUCCAUCAACUGCACAGACGCUGGGCUGUGGAGCCGGCCCCGGCCCCGCUGCGAAGCAAUUGGCUGUGACAGACCCAAGGUUCAGAAUGGGAAAGUUCACGGAUUGCAGAGUGCCUACAAAGCUGGAGAGACUCUUCGUUUUGGCUGUGAAGCCGGCUAUGCCUCAGAGGACAGCUACGAGACACAGUGCCAACCAGGGGGCAGGUGGGACCCACCGGUGCUCAGCUGCGUGAGGAUACAGCCGUGCCCCAUGCCUCCAAGGAUCAAGAAUGGAAAUCACAAUGGCCAGGGCACAGCGUUUUUUACCAUGGGAAUGUCUGUGACAUAUACCUGUGAUUCCGGCUACUACCUUGUUGGAAACGCGGUAGCUCUUUGCAGAGCCUCUGGGAACUGGAGCCUUCCCACGCCUCGCUGUGAAGUGACUGUCUGCGUAAGUCCAAAUAUAGAGAACGGAAGGAAAGUUGAUGGUCACGGGCUUAUCUAUGGACCUGGGCAAACAGUUACAUUUCAGUGUCAUAAUGAUUACAGCCUGCAAGGUAGUGCUAAAAUUUACUGCCAGGAGGAUGGCACCUGGAAUCCUCCUGUUCCAUUCUGUAGUAGAGGUAAAACUUCAUCAAGCCUUCCAUCUAGACAACAACUUACAGGUGGUUGUGGUGCUCCUACAAGGUUACUCUUUGCUGAUCUAAGUGAGGAGUAUAGAAAUGAGAUUGACUUUCCUGUUGGGAAGACUGUGAGAUACACUUGCCGACCUGGAUAUGUUAAACACCCAGGAGUAUCACCUACUAUUACAUGCCUUGACAGUGGAGUGUGGUCAGAAGCACUAGAAUUCUGUAAAAGGAAACAAUGUGGUCAUCCUGGUGAACCUGAGAAUGGCAAGAUUAGUUUCAUAACAGAUCUCCUAUUUGGGUCAACAGUGAUCUACAGCUGUGAGGAAGGGCACAGGUUAAUUGGGCAGCCUAGCAGACGAUGUGAGAUUUCUGACACAGCACGUGUUGAAUGGAGUGGCAGCAUUCCCAUUUGUCAGCGUAUUCCUUGUGAGCCACCUCCAAAUAUUCCCAAUGGGAAGCACACAGGCACGCUGCUAGAUGAAUUCUACUUCGGCACGUCUGUAACGUAUACCUGUGACUCGGGGCACCCGCCACACGGGGAGGCCUCCAUUCACUGUACCACCGAGGACGGGCAAAACGGCGUGUGGAGCGGACCUCCCCCUCAGUGCGGAGAUGUUACAUGUCCUGUCCUGCAGAUGCAGAAUGGGUGAAAAGUGUCUGCUGCUAAGAGUGUCCCCCCACAUAAAGACACAGUUCCCUCUGAGAGUGAGCCAGGCUAUGUCAUGCGUGGCAGUAUGGUACAAUGCCAACUAAAUAACACUUGAGAGCCACCUGUGCCAGUCUGUGAAUGGGCUGGCUGUAAUGCACCUACAAGACUAGUGUUUGCUGAGCUAAAGAAGGAGUACAGCAAUCAGACUGUCUUCGCGGUGGGGAAGACAGUAGAAUACAUGUGUCGGCCUGGAUAUGCCAGAUACCAGGGAAUGCGGCCCUCUCUCACGUGCCUCCAAAAUCGGACGUGGUCUGCAGCACUGGAGUUCUGUAAAAGAAAGCAAUGUGCUAAUCCAGAGGCACCAGAGAACGGCAGAGUUGUAAUUCUAACUGAUCUAUUCUUCGGGUCAGAAGUGAAUUAUACUUGUAAAGAAGGGCACAAGUUGCUCGGGCCUUCUCAGAGAAGAUGUGAGGUCUCUGGCACACGUGUUUUAUGGAGUGGAGAUGUUCCUGUUUGCCAGCCAAUCAUGUGCGAUCCACCUCCGGACAUCCCCCACGGAAGACACACAGGGCAUCUGAUGGAUGACUUCCCCUAUGCAGCUGUGGUCACAUACACAUGCAAUUCGGGCUACCCGCUCACAGGAGAGGCCUCCAUUUUCUGCACCACGGAGGACGGGGUGCACGGAGUGUGGAGCGGGCCACCACCACAGUGCGGAGUGGUGAAUUGUCCUCCUCCUCCAACCAUUGCCAACGGGAAGCACAGCCAUCACUCCUCAGACAAGUUUCUUCCAGGAAUGACUGUUCAGUACACCUGCAGGGAUGGCUAUUCUCUCAUUGGGAAUGCAUCCAUUAACUGUACUGCCUUGGGAACAUGGAGCCAUCCCUGGCCCCGAUGUGAAGUGCUGCUGUGCCCUUCCCCUCCAAGUAUCAAAAACGGCCAGCACAACGGCAAAAAUAUGAAAGCCUUCACCCCUGGAAUAUCAGUGAAGUACAGCUGUGACCCAGGGUAUGCCCUCACUGGGACAAGAAAAGUGUCUUGUCUGCCAUCUGGAACUUGGAGCAUCCCUUACCCUCGAUGUGAAGUGAUUGCCUGCACAACCCCAGCAAUCCAGAACGGAGCAGUAGCUGGUAGGCACAAAGGCACGUACAGUCCCGGGGACACCGUCACCUUCCAGUGCCACCCCAGCUACGUGCUGCGGGGCAGCCAUGAGGCCGAGUGCCGGCAAGACGGCCGGUGGGCUCCUCCAGUGCCCAUCUGUGUGCCAGCGGUGCCUUGUCCUCCACCUCCGGUCAUCGCCAAUGCAAUGCCCAGCGCAGAGCUUGGGGAGAACUUCACGAGUGGCAUGUCCAUCACCUACAGCUGUGACCCGGGCUUCUCCCUCAUCGGCAAUGCUUCACUUUCAUGCACGGCAUCGGGGAACUGGAGCCUGCCUUACCCGCGCUGUGCAGCUGGAUGUGGUACACCAACACCAUUAUACUUUGCUGAGCUAAACAAGGAAUAUAAAAAUCAGACAGAGUUUCCUGUUGGGAAAAUUGUAAAAUACACUUGCCGGCCAGGAUAUGUUAAACAUCCGCAAAUAUCACCAACGAUUACGUGUCUUGAAAAUCGAACGUGGUCCGACGCCCAGAAAUUUUGCAAACGGAAAAGGUGUGAGCAUCCAGGAGAACCCGAAAAUGGCAGAGUUAUUGUUACAACAGACCUACUGUUUGGGUCAACAGUGAAUUACACUUGUGAUGAAGGGUACAGACUGACUGGACAUGCUCAGAGGCGCUGCAUGAUUUCUGGGUCUGGGAAGCAAGUUGUGUGGAGCGGUGACAUUCCCAUCUGCCAGUCAAUCAUGUGCGAUCCACCUCCGGACAUCCCCCACGGAAGACACACAGGGCAUCUGAUGGAUGACUUCCCCUAUGCAGCUGUGGUCACAUACACAUGCAAUUCGGGCUACCCGCUCACAGGAGAGGCCUCCAUUUUCUGCACCACGGAGGACGGGGUACACGGAGUGUGGAGCGGGCUGCCGCCACGGUGCGGAGGGCUCCUGUGUCCCUCCCCAUUGGCUAUUGACAAUGGUCAGCAUGAUGGCAAGGAUGAGAAAGUCUUCAGCACUGGAAAGUCUGUGAAUUACAGCUGUGAGCCUGGUUAUUCUCUUAUUGGAAAAGCCACUCUAUAUUGCACAGAGAAUGGAACCUGGAGCAUCCCUUACCCUCGAUGUGAAGUGCUGCAAUGUCCUUCGCCUCCAAAUAUUGACAAAGGAACGCAUAACAGCCAGCACUUGAAAGAAUUCACUCCUGGAACAGCUGUAAAUUACAGCUGUGACCCUGGCUACUAUAUAUUGGGAGAAGCAUCAAUUUAUUGUACAGAUUCUGGAAACUGGAGCCUCCCUCUUCCUCAGUGCGAAGGUGGCUGUGCUACCCCUCCAAGGUUACUCUUUGCUGAGCUAAAUGAGGAAUAUAAAAAUCUGACAGAGUUUUCUGUUGGGGACACUGUGAAAUACACCUGCCAUCCUGGAUACAUGAGACGCCCUGGAACACCCCCAACAGUAACAUGCCUCAAAAAUCAAACGUGGUCUGAAGCACUAGAGUUUUGUAAAAGGAAAGAAUGUAAAUAUCCAGAAGCACCAAAGAAUGGCAGAGUUGUCAUUCUGACAGAUCUCCUCUUUGGGUCAGCAGUGAACUACACAUGUGAAGAAGGGCAUGAACUAGCUGGACAGUCUCAGAGGCGAUGUGAGAUUUUUGGACUGCUUGUUGCAUGGAGUGGUGCUCCUCCCAUUUGCAGGAAGGUGGUAUGCCCAGUCCCAAAGAUCCCGAAUGGGAGAAUAUCCUUUCAUAAAAAUCGCUACACAUAUGAAGAUAUUGUUAGCUUUAAGUGCCAUGAAGGCUUCACCCUACGAGGCUAUCAUACGGUUCAAUGCAGAGCCAAUAAAACAUGGGACCCACCUGUGCCAACCUGCGAAUGGGUGGUAAAGUGUCUGCCUCCCCCAAGCAUUACUAAUGGGGAACACAGCAAGCAUUCCUCAGACACUUUUGACAUAGGAGCACUUGUGCACUACAGCUGCAAGCCUGGUUUCAUCCUUAUUGGGAAUGAGUCUGUCCGAUGUACAACAUAUGGAGUUUGGAGCCGUCCCCUUCCUCGGUGCGAAGUUGGCUGUGCGAGCCCAGGAGUUGGGAAUGGAAAAAUAAUUGGCUUGGAGUCUCUCUAUAGACCUGGAGACAUCAUUAGGAUCGAAUGCAACAGUGACAAUGGCCCUAAAGGCCUUCAAAAGUCCCAGUGCCAGGCUGGAGGUACCUGGGAUCCACCGCUCCCCAUCUGUGAAAGAGCACUGCAUUGUUCCAAGCCUCCAGAGAUUGCCAACGGGUGGCACAGUGGCCUGGCAACAGCGGUUUUUGCUCCUGGAAUGUCUGUAAGCUACAGCUGUGAGUCUGGCUUCUCUCUCGUUGGGACAACAUCCAUUUAUUGCACGGAGGCUGGAGCCUGGAGCCAUCCUUCUCCAGUCUGUCAAGUUGUGAAGUGCCUCCAUCCUCCAAACAUCACCAAUGGGAAGCUCAUAGGCUCUCUCUCCGACACUUUUCCCUACGGAGCAUCUGUGUCCUACAGCUGUAAUCCUGGUUAUUCACUCACUGGGAAUGCUUUCAUUAACUGCACGGUGUCUGGAACUUGGGGCCAGCCUCUUCCUCAGUGUGAAGAGAUCAGAUGUGUAUUCCCAGAAGUUUUAGGUGUUAAGAAAACCAUGACAGGAAAUACAUAUCAAUGGGGAACUAACAUCACUCUUGAAUGUGAUGAUGGUUACAUGUUGGAAGGUGUCAGUCAGAUUCAGUGUCAAGAGGACUUCAGCUGGGACCCUCCUGUACCAGCCUGUAGACUAGCUUUGCGUGAGUCUAGCUCAGUAGGCCUCGGAGUUACAGCUGCAGUAGUUCUGCUUCUUCUUGGUGUGGGCAUUGUCUGGAAAAUUAUUUUGAAGCGGAAGGAAGGCUAUUAUAAUACAUAUGAAAACUAUGGGUACUGUAGCCCUGCGGACCAUAUAACUGAAAAGAAAUCUUCAUGGGCCGCCGCCGCCGCCAUUGCCAUGGGGCCGCCGCGGUGCCGCGGGCCGGCGCUGCUGCUGCUGCUGGCGGCGCUGCGCCAGGCGCCGGCCCAGGAUGGAUGUGAAGCUCCGAAAAGAUUUCAUUAUGCAGAGCUCAAGGAUGACUUCAAAGCAAUGAAGAGCUUUCCUGCUGGAACCACCGUGUCCUACAUCUGCCGCCCAGGGUACAUGAGAAUCCCAGGAAAGCCGUCAACUCUUGUUUGUGGGCCAAACUUAGAGUGGUCACAAACGGAGCAGUUCUGUACAGAGAAAAAAUGUCGUCAUCCAGGAGACUUAGAACAUGGUUAUCUUCAUAUGGAAGAUCAUGAUCUUAGAUUUGGUUCAAGAGUUACUUUUUCUUGUCAAGAUGGGUUCAGAUUACGUGGAACUGAUGCAAUUACCUGUGUAAUUAAAAAUAAAGGUGUUGACUGGAGUGAAGGUCUUCCUUUCUGUGAACGAAUUCCUUGUGAAGCACCUCCAAAAAUACCCAAUGGGAGCUACAGUGAAGCAGAUAACUAUGUUUAUCAAACAACAGUAGUUUAUAAGUGUGAUGAUGUACCAAAAGGCAUGGAUCACUUCUCACUAAUAGGCUCGGAUUCUAUUUUUUGCACUUAUGAUGCAAACAAAAAUGGAAUUUGGAGUGGACCACCUCCAGAAUGUAGAGUGGUCAAAUGUGAUAACCUGAAAGUUGAACAUGGAAAAAAACGAACUGGAUUUGGGCCUUCCUAUAGCUAUAGGGACUCAAUUACAUUUGAGUGUGAUCCAGGCUAUUUCAUGAUUGGAGAUGAGGUUGUUACCUGUCAGGAAGAUAGCACCUGGCAUCCCCCAAAGCCAAUUUGUAGAGAAAUUACUGAAGGUGUGUGUGGUGCCCCAGAGAUCACAGAUGGAGAAGUAAUUCCACUGAAAUCUCAAUAUGGAAAAGGAGAGUCUGUUCAGGUAAAAUGCAACACUCACUGCGCUUUUCCUGAUGGUGUUGGAGAGAAGACAAUAACAUGUGAUGGACGUGAUACAUGGAGUUCAUUGCAAAACUGCGAAUGUGGGCCUAUAGAUUCUGGUUCUACUCCGAAUAUUAGUCAUGGUAAAGUAAUUGCUGGAUUAAAAUCUUCAUAUUCUGUAGGAGAUAUUGUUACAAUUGAAUGUUACGCGGGCUACACAUUACAUGGUCAAGCUAAUAUUCAGUAUAUUGGAGAAAACAAAUGGAUGCCUGAAGUACCAACUUGCCAGCUAAGUGUGUAUGUUAUCGUCAUCAUCUGUGCAAUUGUGGCAGUUCUGGUGUUGAUGGCAGCCUUCUGGGUCUAUAAGAUAGUCUUUUCACAAAAAGGCUCUUAUACAGUUGAUGAAAGUUGCAAGGAAACAUGUAUUUUAAAAACUAAUGUACCAUCUGAGACAGAAGACACUGCAGAAAUGAAUUAACUGAAUCUUAAAAAGGAAACCUGAGAACACUUCCUGUACUGCCAAAUAUACAAGCUGUAAAGCAUGAAUGACCUUUUCUGGGGGCGGGAGGGAAUUUAAAGUUGAGUAUGUCUAUGAGAAAUGAUUGCACUGGUGUUGAAUUUCUGCAGAGGAAUACCUCGUACUUCUGAUGUUGAAAGUUACAAUCUGUUACAAUCUGUUCUGUAGUAGGAGAUUGUUAAUAGGAUAAAAAGUGAGAAUAUGUAUCUGUGCUUUCUUUUUGGGCCAUACCUAUUGUAUUUUGUGUGUGUGAAAUUGCCUUUAAAAAGAUGCUUACCUGUAUUGUGUGGGAGUAUGUCUGCGUUGGCGGGAGUACUGCAAGUAUCACUGUUAUCACUGUAACCAGCUGCUGCUGCUUACUCUCUUCACUGUUGCCUCUUCUUACAGAAGACUAUCCAGUAAUAGCUCUGCUCAUUAAAAUCUUAAUAUGCUUCUAGUUUGCUUUUGCAGUUGAGGUGGUAUAAAUGAUGAUGUGUUUUGUAUUCUGAAAUAUUUUAAUAAUUUAUUUGCUUAAGAGAUUGAUACUUUUUAAGGCUGUGUCUAUUAAAAAUUUCACAGUCUAGGUCUUGUAUACACUACCUCUUUGUCUGCCAAAGUCUGCUUUCUUAUAUCUAAUGAAUUAAACCGUGCCUUUGGGUCAAGAGUUCUGUAGUUUUUUUCCAUUGCCUUUAAGAAGGAAGAAAGCCAUAUAUAUUCCUGCCUCUGUGGUUUGGUCCCGGACAGGCUACAGUGAAGCUGCUGGAAUAGAAAAUAGAAGGUUUCCAUAGCAAGGGUGUCCCCUGCCUUCAGCUUUGGUGGCCUAUUGAUAUAAAAUACUGAACUAAGAGAAGUGCUGAGAAACCCAGGGCAGCAAGCAGCCUUUUGUUGGGAACACAAUUCAACUUCCUUAGGGUGCAAGCUUGAUUUUUAUUUAGCAUUGCUGGCAUUUUUAGAGAUAAUUAUGUUGCUUGCUAGGACAGAAAGGUUGCUGUAAGGAUCUGGCUUCCUUGCUUUUUUUCCUUAAAAUCAUAAAUUCACAUACAGCAUUUCAAAUCUCUGUAUACAGACGACUAUGCCAAGUGUAAAUUCAUAAUGCAGGGUAAUAUGCAUGUCUGUUGAGAAACAUGAGCCUUUCCCUGUCUGACUCCUGGCUCUCCUUGUCUCAAAGGAAGACCAGACCAACUUGGUGGCAAGAGUGAAGGAGUGGGUAUGUUGGCAGUGUCAGAAGAGCUGGUCUCUCUUUAGAUGGUUGGUGACUUUAUUGAAACAGUUUAGUCAGAUUGUGACUCUAGGAGCUCCCAUCACGGAAUUUACUGUGAGUUAAGACUUGGACUUGCAUUGAUAACUGUUACUUUAAAUGCCUAAGUGUGCUCGCUAAUUAUAACUGAAAACUAAAUUAGGGCAGUUUUUGGCUUGGUGAAUCUGAGUUUUCUUUCGAAGAACACACAGGCAACUUACAAGAACCACUUUUCUUAGAAGAAACAAGUUACCUCACUUCAGAUGGCUGAGGCAGCAUUUAAACUAUUCCUGCUUGUCUGGUAGAUUGGUGCUUGUUCUCCUCUGUUGUGAACAGAUUGUUUUAACAAUGUGAGACUAUUUGGGGUUUUAAUAGGGCUCUUUGGGACAGUCCCAGCAGUUGUAUUGUUAGGAGUUCAUAACGAUCUCUGAAUAUGAAAAAGGAUUUUUUUUGCUAAACAGAAUGACUUGUUGUUCAGUGCCUCUCAAGUAGCUGAUGUAUAGUUUGAUAAUGAUUUGUUGUUUGUAAAUACUGUGAUAAUAUAUUGGAAUUGCCUGUAUUGGUCAUUAGCUAGCUUGAUCAUGUAUGGCAUCUUAAAAAAUUUUAAAAUAUGCUGAAAUGCACUUAAUGCUGAAGUGAAAACUUUUUGUAAAGGUUGGGCUUGUAUUUCUAUUUUAGAUGUAAAGCCUAGCGAUGAUUUGUAAUAUUACAAAUAAAAAUAUUAAAUUA